GAAGGCAAACUGUUUAUGUUAAUCUUAUAAUUACUUUUUCCAAAUAUUAUGGUUUAGUAAGUUAAUACAUUUAUUGACAAUUGUUUCAUACGACAAUCUGUGAACAAGUGAAAGCUGUACUUUUGCUACGGUUGCACAUUUCACGCCGUUGUAGUGACGCAUGUUUAUAAAAGGCCUGAUAAAGAUAGUUACUUCGAAACACUGGAACCUAAUAGCGGGUUAACGCUGAUCUCUGGGCUGUUCAAAUCAAAUCUUAAUUGAUUACAGGGUAUACCUGACAUUAAAUAUACACAAACGAGUAUAAGAACACGUGAAGUGCAAUUAUGAUGUUCGCUUUAAAAGUGACCGUGAUUUUCUCUGUAUUAAAUGGACAAGUAUUAACUUUGGCCAUACCGGACCAGGCUUGCAUAAUUAACAUCGAAAACACGUGUCCGGGUGGCUACUGCUGUGUACACGACGAUUUCUUGUUGGGAACGUACUGCAAGCUGUUUGGUCAGGCACAAGCGCCUUGCAGCACAAAACCAAGCGACUUCGAGUGUCCGUGUGCACUGGGCUUACGGUGCGCUUCAGACGUCGAGGGGCACAUUACGUCACUGUUUGGACGAUGCUACGUCAUUCCAGGAAACACGACAGCUGCGCCUUCAACGAUCACUACCCCCACAACUACGACAUCAACUAUGUCAGCACAAUUAUGGACAACAACAACAGUUUUAACAACUUCGUACCUUACAACUGGAACUACAGAAUUACUAACUACAUCGGUUUCGACAAUAUCCCAAAUUGUUACUAACAUAUUAAGCACAACACUUCGUUUGAAGAGGAAGACUGUCGUAACUGGAUCUUUGGCGCCGCAAACAGAUCCAAAUUCGUCUGCUGCAACCGGAAGUGAAGCCGUUACCCAGAAGGCAAAUGUAUAUGAUUCUACCAGCAAUCCUCAAAACAUGAUCGUUCCAAUUGGCUGAUAUAGCUCGGAAAAAAAACUUGUUGAAAGAAGAGCAUCAAUUGUUAAUGUUAUAAUGUUUUCUUACUAUGACAAGCGGGAUUUGAGAAAUGUUGUCAUAGCAAUCCUCCAAAACAAUUGAAACGAUAAAUGUAUUACGUAGAUGUAAAUACAUUUUGAUAUUUUGUUGAGAGUAAAUGUUUUGCGUA